UUUAAGGUACAUAUAACACAAGGAGACCAGCUGGGAAAAGCAGUGAUUGUGUCAUGGGUCACGGUGGAGGAACCAGGUUCCAAUACAGUGCUUUACUGGAGCGCAUACAGCAAGAAACAGAAAUCUGAGGGCAAAGUUACAACCUAUAAAUUCUACAAUUACACUUCUGGUUACAUUCAUCACACGACCAUCAGAAAUUUAAAGUUCAAUACCAAAUACUACUAUGUGGUUGGAAUUGGCCACACUGAGCGGCAGUUUUGGUUUAUAACUCCUCCUGAAGUUGGGCCAGACGUCCCUUACACAUUUGGUCUCAUAGGGGAUCUGGGUCAGAGCUUUGAUUCCAAUAAGACGCUUACUCAUUAUGAGUUAAACCCACAGAAAGGACAAGCCGUAUUGUUUGUUGGGGACCUCUCUUAUGCAGAUAACUACCCAAAUCAUGAUAAUGUCAGGUGGGAUACAUGGGGAAGAUUCACUGAGAGAAGUGUUGCGUAUCAACCCUGGAUAUGGACUGCAGGGAAUCAUGAAAUUGAUUUUGCCCCAGAAAUUGGUGAAACCAAACCUUUUAAGCCUUACACUCACCGAUAUCAUGUCCCAUAUAAAGCAUCGGGGAGUACUGCUCCCUUUUGGUACUCAAUCAAGAGAGCUUCAGCAUACAUCAUAGUCUUGUCUUCUUAUUCAGCAUAUGGUAAAUACACUCCUCAGUACCAAUGGCUUGAGCAGGAGCUACCAAAGGUUAACAGAAGUGAGACACCAUGGUUGAUUGUUUUAAUGCAUUCACCAUGGUAUAAUAGUUACAACUAUCACUAUAUGGAAGGCGAAACCAUGAGAGUGAUGUAUGAGCCAUGGUUUGUGAAGUACAAGGUUGACGUGGUAUUUGCUGGUCAUGUCCAUGCCUAUGAACGAUCUGAACGUAUAUCCAAUGUUGCAUACAACAUUGUAAAUGGUAUUUGCAUUCCCGUGAAAGAUCAAUCCGCACCGGUCUACAUUACCAUUGGUGAUGGAGGAAAUCUUGAAGGCUUAGCAACCAAUAUGACAGAACCCCAGCCGGCUUACUCAGCUUAUAGAGAGGCCAGUUUUGGUCAUGCUACUUUCGACAUCAAGAACCGAACCCAUGCAUACUAUGGUUGGCACCGGAAUCAAGAUGGAUAUGCAGUAACAGCUGAUUCUAUGUGGUUUUUCAACAGAUACCAUCAUCCUGUUGAUGAUUCCACAAGUGCCCAAUAAUUAGAAGACGUUAUGUUGCUAUUGUUCUCUUGAAUAAGUUCCCAAAUGUAUCAGCUAAUAAAAGAUUCAAUAGUUUAUACCUUCCCCCAACUC